AUGGAGCCGCGGUCCCGUCUACCUCUCGCAGUCCUCACACUACUCGCCCUCCUCUCUCUCCUCGCCUCUUCAGUCGCUGCCGCCGACGUCUCAGCGGCCGAUGCGCAAGCUGGCACGCUGGCCGCACAGGCAAGCCCUACUGCUAGUAGCAGCGCCGUGGCGGGCGUGGAUCUGAGCCGCGUGACUGCCUCCGCCACUGCGACCAAUAGUAGCGUGGCGGGCGUGGAUCUGAGCCGCGUGGUGCUCCUGUCGCCGUGGGCGCCGCGCGCGUUCCUCUACAAGCAAUUUCUCAGCGACGCGGAGUGCGACCACAUCAUCGCACGCGCGACACCACGCCUCGAACGCUCGGGCGUGGUGAACAACGACGACGGUAGCAGCUUCGUGAGCGACAUUCGCACGAGCUCAGGCGCGUUUCUCAACAAGGGCGAGGACGCCGUCAUGCGCACAGUGGAGCAGCGCAUCUCCGAGUGGACCUUCCUCCCACUCCAGAACCAGGAGGCACUGCAGAACCAGGAGGCGCUGCAGGUGAGCCGCCCCUGUGACGAACUCAGGCGCGUUCCUGAACAAGGGCGAGAACGAUGUGAUGCCAACAGUGGAGCUGCGCAUCUCCGAGUGGACCUUCCUCCCACUCCAGAACCAGGAGGCACUGCAGGUGCUGCCAUACACCAAGGGACACAAGUGCUGCGGUACACCAAGGGGCAGAAGUACGAGCCACACGUGGACUAUUUCCACGACGCCGUGAACACGCAGAGGGGCGGCCACCGCUACGCCACCGUGCUCAUGUACCUCAACAACGUGACGCUGGGCGGGGAGACUGUGUUUCCCAAGGUCAAGGAUGACUCACCUAAGGACGAGACUUGGUCUGACUGCGCCAAGGGCUUUCUGGCUGACGGGUCAGCGCAUGCAUUGAGCAAUCCGCCCUUGCUCCCUCCUGUCCUUGCACGUAUCUCUCCCCUCACGUCUUCGGCGCCCACCCCACCAGUGAAGCGAGAGAAGGGAGAUGCGCUCCUCUUCUUCAACCUCCACACCACCGGCACCCCUGACAGCAGCCCCGACGGCACCCCUGACAGCAGCCCCGACGGCACCCCUGACAGCAGCCCCGACGGCACCCCUGACCCCGCCAGCCAGCCUGCAUUACACCUGCCCCUGAAGCCAGAGAAGGGAGACGCGCUGCUCUUCUUCAACCUGCACCCAGACGGCACGCCAGACCCCGCCAGUCUCCAUUACGCCUGCCCCGUGGUGCACGGCGUCAAGUGGUCCGCGCCCAAGUGGAUCCACGUGGCAGACUUUGAUAAGCCGCUCGCCAGUGCUGAUGCUGGCGCCGGCGGCGCGGCUGCUGCUGGUGGGGGUGGGGGUGAUGGCGCGUGCACGGACAGCAAUGCAUAUGCCCAUGGCAUGGUGGGAGUGCCCAUGGCAUGGUGGGUGUGCCCAUGGCAUGGUGGGUGUGCCCAUGGCAUGGUGGGAGUGCCCAUAGCAUGGUGGGUGUGCCCAUGGCAUGGUGGGUGUGCCCACGACAUGGUGGGUGUGCCCAUGGCAUGGUGGGAGUGCCCAUGGCAUGGUGGGAGUGCCCAUGGCAUGGUGGGUGUGCCCAUGGCAUGGUGGGAGUGCCCAUGGCAUGGUGGGAGUGCCCAUGGCAUGGUGGGAGUGCCCAUGGCAUGGUGGGUGUGCCCAUGGCAUGGUGGGAGUGCCCAUGGCAUGGUGGGAGUGCCCAUGGCAUGGUGGGUGUGCCCAUGGCAUGGUGGGAGUGCCCAUGGCAUGGUGGGAGUGCCCAUGGCAUGGUGGGAGUGCCCAUGGCAUGGUGGGUGUGCCCAUGGCAUGGUGGGUGUGCCCAUGGCAUGGUGGGAGUGCCCAUGGCAUGGUGGGUGUGCCCAUGGCAUGGUGGGUGUGCCCAUGGCAUGGUGGGAGUGCCCAUGGCAUGGUGGGAGUGCCCAUGGCAUGGUGGGAGUGCCCAUGGCAUGGUGGGAGUGCCCAUGGCAUGGUGGGUGUGCCCAUGGCAUGGUGGGAGUGCCCAUGGCAUGGUGGGAGUGCCCAUGGCAUGGUGGGAGUGCCCAUGGCAUGGUGGGUGUGCCCAUGGCAUGGUGGGUGUGCCCAUGGCAUGGUGGGUGUGCCCAUGGCAUGGUGGGAGUGCCCAUGGCAUGGUGGGAGUGCCCAUGGCAUGGUGGGUGUGCCCAUGGCAUGGUGGGAGCGCCCAUGGCUUGGUGGGAGUGCCCAUGGCAUGGUGGGAGUGCCCAUGGCAUGGUGGGAGUGCCCAUGGCAUGGUGGGAGUGCCCAUGGCAUGGUGGGUGUGCCCAUGGCAUGGUGGGAGUGCCCAUGGCAUGGUGGGAGUGCCCAUGGCAUGGUGGGUGUGCCCAUGGCAUGGUGGGAGUGCCCAUGGCAUGGUGGGUGUGCCCAUGGCAUGGUGGGUGUGCCCAUGGCAUGGUGGGAGUGCCCAUGGCAUGGUGGGAGUGCCCAUGGCAUGGUGGGUGUGCCCAUGGCAUGGUGGGUGUGCCCACGGCAUGGUGGGUGUGCCCAUGGCAUGGUGGGAGUGCCCAUGGCAUGGUGGGAGUGCCCAUGGCAUGGUGGGUGUGCCCAUGGCAUGGUGGGAGCGCCCAUGGCUUGGUGGGAGCGCCCGUGGCAUGGUGGGUGUGCCCAUGGCAUGGUGGGUGUGCCCAUGGCAUGGUGGGUGUGCCCAUGGCAUGCUGCCAGUACUGGUCAGAGGCGGGCGAGUGUGAGAAGAACCCCGUGUACAUGCACGAGGCGUGCCGCAAGGCCUGCAAGGUCUGCUCCUAG